AUGGUGGACAAGGAGCAGCUGCUUUGGCAACAACCUGCCACAUCACACCCAGGGAAAAGGGAAAGUGAUGAAGGGAAUUACACCAUAACCCUGAGCAACAGUUCAGGUUCAGCGUCAUGCUCUGCCAUUGUCAGAGUCGAAAUUGAGGACUGGCGUAAAGUGCAAUGGGGCCAAAAAGAUUUAUUGUUAAAGAGCCUCAAGUCAUUUAAGAUUUGUAAUGAAGUCAAAGAGCUCCGCUACCUUGUGUAUGGACCAGUUGGAGCAGGAAAGUCCAGCACCAUAAACACCAUCAGAUCCAUUUUUGAAGGACGUCAAUUUGUAAACUGUCUGGCUGCUGCCGAAUCUACUAAAAGCCACACUCUAUGUUUUGAAAGUUACAGAUUUGCAAAUAAAAAAGAAUCAUUUCCCUUCAUCUUCUACGAUAUAAUGGGUGCAGAGGCAGAAGACGGGGUGCUGACUCAAGAUGUCAUCAGUGCUUUAAAAGGUCACAUGAAAGAGGGGUAUACGUUCAAUCCUGACACUCCAAUGUCUGAAAGCAACCUUUAUUACAAUCAAAAUCCCAGCCUAAGUGAUCAGAUGCACUGCCUGGUGUAUGUUGUACCAGCUGACAAGAUUUCAGUGAUGGAAGAAGCUUUUCUUAAAAAAUUGGAGAGUGUCAGAAAAACAGCAAGCAUAAUGGUAAUCCCUCAAGUGGUUUUCAUGACAAAAGUAGAUCGUGCAUGUCAAAUGACAAAGGAGAAUCUGCGCAACAUCUACAAAAGCAAAAAGAUCAGAGAAAACGUGAUAAAAUACAGUAAUGCCCUGGGUGUGCCUGUGAACUGUAUCUUCCCUGUCUUGAACUAUCACGAGGAGACCCAUGUGAAUGAGGAUAUAAACUGCCUGAUGCUGGAUGCAUUAAUACAAAUUAUACAUUAUGCUAAUGACUAUGUGGUCACAUGCUCUACGAGCAAAGUUUCAAAUCAACAACCAUGUUGUAUAUGUAUUUAAAUUCAA